GUACCCUGCUUACCUCUCCCGGUGCAAAAAUGGAGGGUGAAGAAUUGUCUCCCUUGUUGUGGCUUCCGGUGCGGGAUUAUAAACAUCACACGAACAGAGCUUAAGUCAUGAUGGCAGAGCGUCCCACAGGAUCACAUCCAUAUCCUCUCACAUCUCAGCAGUCAGCACCAGGAAUUUUGCCAUCUCAGCAACAGGCACAACAGAUGCAACAACAGCUAAUACCACCUGCUGUCAAAGAUAUUAAUGCUGAAAUUUGUCGUGUCGGCCAGGAGACUGUACAUGACAUAGUUUCAAAAGCUCAAGAAAUCUUCCAGAUUCUCUCUCCCAAGAAUUUACAGUUGAACAUGAAUUCACAGCAGCACCAGGAGAGAAAGGCCAAGCUGGAAGAUUGUUUGAAUCAUGUGACCAUGCAGUUUCGCAAACUACGGGUCAUCCAUGACAAGGUUGUGGAGAUUACCAGCCAGAUGGAAGAACCGCAAGAGCAGCAAUUAAUACCUAUUGUUGGAGUGGAUACGGAACCUGUUGUGCCUAAUACAGAUGUCUAUCGAAUGACUGUAGAGCAGCAUAAAGAAAUUGUUGAGCAAGUACGUCUAAAAAAUCAGCAGCUGAAAGAAAUCAUUGAUCAGAUUCGUACCAUUAUCUGGGAGAUCAACACCAUGAUAACAAUGCGAAAGACAUGACACUCUUCUUGUUGGAGGCCUGGACAUUAGUGGAACAUUUUGCUGCUCAGUCAAUGCAGACGAAUUGAUGUGAUUGAGCUUUAGCUAUGAAAACGUUCACACCUGCAGGUGUAAACUGUAUAAGAGGAAGAGUUAAAUUGGUGCUGUCAGCUUCAAACGAGAGAUGUGUCCUUACAAAAAUAUUCACAUAUUUUUUAAGGAUACUUUUCUCACUGCACAUAUAAAAGUGAAAAGAAUUGCAAUUUACUUUUAGAAAUGCCAUUCUUUUUUGACUGUACACAAUAUUUCAAAUCAUGAAAAGGUUAAUAUCAGUGUUCCUUAUUCUUCGUAAGUGCAAACAUUUACUCUAGAUCCUAUUAAAGGAAUACGUCUAUUUCUGUUUUAUGCAGUUUUAUGCAGUUUCCAAUUCCCUUAUGAUUGCUGGCAAUGAAGUUAUGAUGAGACUGUCCUGUAGUAAAGGUGGUAGAAAAAAAAAACUAAAUCUUUACACUCAAGUUAAAAAUAGCACUGACUGAAGCUUUCAACGUGCAUCCACACAUCUUCAGUAACUAAAAGAUGGACUCUGGAAUGUAACUGAAUAAGACUAUUGUAAAGGUGGGUUUUUUUUACUUUUUUUAAUACUGCUACUUCCGCCUGCAAUUUCCAACAAGUUACCUUUUUUGUUUGGUUGAUGGGAGGGUAUUAGUGUUGUUUUAAGUAAACUAGUGAACUUAUGA